AAUCGCAUAUCUAAAUUAAAAAUGCAAGAGAAAAUCGUGUAAAAAUCAAAGGGAAACUGUGUUAAGGUGCUAGAACAUGUUUUAAUUCAACAAAUUGUUGAAAUUUCGUUAAAUUUCCUUCUCCCACCUUUGCAUUGGUUUGUUUCGCUUUUGCGCUCUCUUCCCUUCGCCUACGCACGUCUGGGGUGCGUUUUGUUUACGAAUUUGGGUGUUUGAUAAAUGUGCAGAAAACUAGCUGAAUUUGUUCAACAAUUCUGAAUGAAAAGUUCAAUAAAAGAUCGAAAAAUGAAGUGUUUUGUGUAUCUAUUGACGCUAUCGACGCUACUAUUGACCGGUCGAGUGUCUGGACAUUUGAAUGUUUUUCUCAAUCCAGAGGAGGUGAUGCGUCUGCUUGGCGUCUCGGCAGAGGUUUACUAUGUACGCGAAGGACACAUUAACAAUUAUGCCUUAAAUUUCAUAGUCCCCGUGCCGGCUAAUGUCCGUGACAUUAGUUUCACUUGGCAGUCGCUGGCAGGACGCCCUUUGCCCUAUACCAUCAAUGUUGUUAGCUCCGAUCAGGAGGUUUUGCCUCGACCAGCAGUUAAUGUGUCACAAAUUGGCGAAAUACCCACCUAUAUACAAACCUGGGCCAUCAUACUCAAAUGCAGUGGCGUACGGGCCGCUGAAGUGGAUGUCACCAUUAGUCUGGAGGUUAUACUCAAUCGUGCCCUCAAUAAUGUGACCCAUUUGGUAUUCCGUCGCAAGAAAAUUUGCCUGCUCAAAGAGGCAGAUGAGGAGCAACAACAUCAACUGCAAAGUUCAACGAUGGAUGAUGAUAUGGAUGAUCCACAGUUAUUGGAAACUGUGUUGCCACCGCCCACUGGCCUAAUUACUUUAGUCGUAGGUGUAUCUGUGGCCAUGGGCUCAGUGUGUGUACUCCUAAUGGUGGCUUACUGUGUGCGAGGAGCUGCCUCAAAGCGGCAACAUCAUCAUCAGCAUGGUGGACAACCUAUGCGAACCUCAAGUUUCCAACGUUUGAAUACUCAGCCUCCCUGUCAGUCCUCUUUGGGGUCUGCUGCCUACAUGACUCCAUCGAUUAUAGCCCCCGUUCAUGCCUCUUCAUUGCCCAGAAAGGUGGCUGGUUCCAUUGAGCAGCAACAACAACCCGAAGAGCUGCAUCGUCGUAUCUCUGAGUUGACUGUGGAGAGAUGUCGUGUCCGUUUGUCAAGUCUGUUGCAAGAAGGCACCUUUGGACGUGUCUAUCGCGGCACCUAUAAUGACAAUCAAGAUGUUUUGGUUAAAACAGUAGCCCAACAUGCCAGUCAAAUGCAGGUGCUUCUGCUCCUACAAGAGGGCAUGCUACUCUAUGGUGCCUCUCAUCCAGGCAUUCUUUCGGUUUUGGGUGUAUCCAUUGAGGAUCAUACGACACCAUUUGUUCUCUAUCCGGCCGUUAAUAAUACACGGAAUUUGAAAUUGUUCUUACUGGAUCCGGCAUGCGCCAGAACUGUGACCACCGUACAAAUUGUAAUGAUGGCUUCGCAAUUAUCAAUGGCUUUGGAUCAUCUGCAUAGUCAUGGCGUGGUCCACAAGGAUAUUGCCACAAGAAAUUGCAUCAUUGAUGAUCAGUUGCGUGUUAAGCUUUCUGAUAGUUCUUUAUCACGCGAUCUUUUCCCUGCGGAUUACAAUUGUUUGGGCGAUAGUGAGAAUCGUCCAAUUAAAUGGAUGUCUCUGGAAGCUUUACAACACAAACAAUUCUCCGAGGCCAGUGAUUCUUGGGCUUUUGGUGUCCUAAUGUGGGAAUUGUGUACAUCCGCCAAACAGCCAUAUGCCGAGGUAGAUCCCUUUGAGAUGGAGCAUUAUCUUAAAGAUGGCUAUCGUCUGGCACAGCCCUUCAAUUGCCCUGAUGAGCUAUUCACGAUUAUGGCUUACUGUUGGGCUUUAUUACCUGGCGAGCGUCCAACUUUUGCCCAAUUGCAGUCAUGUCUUUCCGACUUUUACUCACAAAUCACGCGCUAUGUCUAGGACAUCGAGCGCUUUUCAUAACAUAUAUAAGGAGGAGCGCCCUUUUGAAGGGUGUUGCCAAGUCCAAGCAUUUACUGACAUAACUUUAACCCUUAAUUUAAAUAAAUAUAUGUGCUAGUUAGUUGAAGAUCCAGCCCCUACUCCAUAGUCUACUUACAUUGUUAUUACAAUGAUGAUAUUUGCCAAAUCGAAUGUGUAGUUUUUGUAUGUAUCUUUUAUCUUUUAAGUUGAUAAGACAACAAUACCGAAAGACUCAAAUACAUCAUUGAAAAUAGUUGAAGCAUUAAAACCUAAAAUUGAAAUCAAA